AUGACGUUGGAAAUUCCCAACGAGUUCUGGCCCUCGUUGCAGCAGGACCCCCAGUUUCCUCCACCAGAAGGCGAUGGUUUUACUCUACCUACAAGCCAGAAUCAAAAUCCAUCAGUCCAAGAUCUGUGCCCUAAAAGCUCCUUAGAGACAAGAAUUUUACCUUCCCUUACUACUCCCUUUUCGCAAGGUCAGCUACCAAGUCCUGCCAGCUCUGGUCCACCCCAGCUAUACCAAGAUAGUUCGCUGCUUCCUCCAUCUCUCUUGUGGCCAGCCAUUUUAGAGAGCGAUCAAGGCAUUAUAUAUGAUCAAGAACGUAUCUCAGAGCCGAUACCUUGUGAGAAUGGGGACAGAGGGAAGGAAACUAUAUUCACGUCUAGUAGCCAAGGCUCUGAGGACCUUCAGCGCUCCAAAGGCAAGGUUGAGACAGCCGACAUCAAUACAAUCAAGCAAAGUAUGAAAGAUAGCGCGCUGGAAAUUAUCCAGAAACAAAAAGCUUGUCUUUAUAAAGAGGGUGAACAAAUAUUUGAACAGUUGAUUGAAUUACAUCAACUUGCAGUCUACCUCGAAAUAACCCCUCAAGACUCGUAUUUAUAUCACCUUCUUCUGAACACCAAGAAAACAUUCCUUUCUUCAUUCCAAAUUCCACGCUGGACCUUGUCAACCUUGGGCAAAGAUAGAACCGACGACAGCCACCCCGUCAAGUCUGAAAUGUUCAACUACAAGACGACCCGUCCACCUUUACCGUACGCAUACACUGCGAUCGUGAUGCAAGAGUGGUUCAACCAGCUGCUGGAAGAGGAUGCCGCAAAUGACAGCUACAUUCUUGCCCUUUCUAUGUAUCUGGAGCCCGACACGAUACCAUCGGAGAAGAUGCUGUUUGGGAGCCAUGAGCGCGCCACCGUAUGCCAGGGCUCGGCAGAUCUAUCGGCGAUUGCCCAGGAGGAGGUAUCUGGCCGGCACAUCCGGUGA